GGUGGAGCUCAGGUGUGCCAGUACACAGCCUUAUCUAACAGAGAGUAGUAGGUGACAUUAACUACAAGGAUAAUGAAUUGGAUACAAUGCACAUUCUUCUUUUGCUGUCUUGUCUUUAUUUCUGGGUUUACUUUCAGAUUCCUAAGAACUGAUUUUUUGGGAAAGUAUAGACCACCAUCCCCCAAGAAGCACAUACAUUCAACAAAUACUCCUCCUAUUGUUACCAAUAACCCAAAAUUCACAGAAUUUCUCAAACUGAUUGAGUGGCCAGAGCCACCAUCACCAGUAAAACACUUCAAUUUUUCAACUGACCCAAGGAAGUGUGGCUACCGUCUCCCGAAUCCUCGAGGCACUUACAAGGUUGGAGAGACUUUGAAGGUGGAAAUCACAGCUCGGGAUCAGAAUGGUCGUCUGAAGGAAUAUGGUGGAGAUUUUUUCCAGGCCAAGCUGCAUUCUCCUAAAUUAAAGGCUGGAGUCACUGGCAAAGUAAGGGACUACGGCAAUGGUAGCUACCUGGCUACCUUUCUUCUGCCAUGGACAGGGCUGGCACAAGUUCACAUCCGGCUUAUUCACUCCAGCGAAGCUGUGGAUAUUCUGAAGAAGAAGAGGGAAAGCUUUCCAGAAAAGGUCUUUUUCCAUGGCUUUUUUCAUUCCAAUGGCAGUAGUGAGGUGGUGGAAUGUAACAUCAAGAUUACAAGAAAUGACGUAUGCAAAUAUAAGGACCCCCUUAGUGGAGACACUUGGGAGUGUGUAAAACCUCAGCGACUGCCGUGUGACUCCUGGGUCCAUCACUCUAUGGGAGGAUACCGAAAGGUGACAAACAAAAUGGAGGACCUACUCCUGAGUGGCUCUGUGACUAACCAGGUUGUCCCAGGGUCCAUCCCUCCAAUCAAUGUGACAUCAGAUAACAGUACACUAGGUCUUACGUCCAAUCUCACAGUCUGUAGGCCAGGUCAGGAACCUCCAAAGCCAUCUGGCUUCUACUAUAAUGAUGUUUGGACAUCCCUGACAUGUACAGCAAGACAUUUUCCUAAACCAUCUGACGUAUUGGCCUGUCUUAAAGGGAAAGACAUCCACAUGUUCGGAGACUCUACACUACGCCAGUGGUUUGAAUACCUGGAGAAGUUUAUUCCAAGUCUCAAGAGGAUAGAUCUACAUGUCAACUAUAAGUCAGGACCUCUGUUAGCUGUGGAUCCUAAUGCGGGUCUUGUCAUGCGAUGGAGAGGCCAUGGGUUGCCCUUGAGGACUGGCAAAACAAUGGUCUCUGACUUACACUACGAGGGGGCCCAUUUGGCUGGGAUUGGUGGAGGACCUCAGACCAUUGUGGCAUUGACUCUGUGGGCCCAUUUCACCACCUUCCCUGUGAGUGUCUAUUUGGAUAGGUUGGAGAGAGUCCGUCAAGCCAUCGCAUCUUUACUUUUCCGUAGCCCAGAGACCAAAGUGAUUAUCAAAUCAGCAAACACGGGAUACAAGUCAAUAUAUGGCAGUGAUUGGUUGUCUCUUCAAUUGGACAUCUUACUGAGGGAGGCCUUCAAAGGCAUGGCAGUUACUAUUAUAGAUGCCUGGGACAUGACGUCGUGUCACUACCUUCCUGAUAAUAUUCACCCAGGUCCGCCAGUCAUCAGGAAUGAGGUGGACCUUGUGUUGUCUUAUAUAUGUCCAACAUAAUGGACCUAACUUAUUGACAAUUAGGCAAGAGAUGUAAACUUAAGGGAAGAAACCCUAUGACAUAACCUGCUGCUGCUUGGGAUUUGUCUAACAUCUGCCUCAUGAUGGCCUCCACAGCCUUGACUGGCUGAACCUGCAAUGUGAACAGAAAAGACAGAGGUCUGUGCAAUCACAUUUAAAAAUCUGAAUGGUUUAUUGAAGAUUAACCACUUAAGCCCCGGAUGACCGGGCCACUUUUUGCGAUUCGGCACUGCGUCGCUUUAAC